GGGGUCGGGACGGACGCGCCAACGCGUUGACGCGUUAAGUGUCCUGCUUGCCUUUCCCUGUCAACCAUCCACCUUCAAGAUCGAGCGCGAAAGAUACCCCUAGAUCUCAGUCCCUAUUUCUCGCCCCGUUCUACCAUUGAGACAGACGAGACACACCUCAACAUGACAGUACCCGAGAACGAUUCGGCCGCUCCGGCCCCCCCUGCGCCAACCCUAACUGCCUCCCCCACCGAGCCCCGACAUGAAGAAUACGAGUAUCUCGACCUCGUCCGCGAAAUUCUCGAUUCAGGGGAGCUGCGCCAAGACAGGACUGGUACCGGCACCUACUCCAUCUUCGCCCCCCGUCCCCUCAAAUUCUCCCUCAAUCGCGAUGGCACACCGAUCCUCCCCCUCCUCACCACCAAACGCGUCUUCACCAAAGCCGUCAUUGCCGAGCUGCUGUGGUUCAUCUCAGGCGACACGUCUUCUCACACCCUCUCCUCCCAAGGCGUCAAGAUCUGGGACGGCAACGGCUCGCGCGAGUUUCUCAACAGCCUGGGCCUGACAGACCGCGAGGUGGGCGACCUCGGCCCCGUCUACGGCUUCCAAUGGCGGCACUUUGGCGCGCGGUACGUCGACGCCAAGACAGACUACACGGGCCAGGGCGUGGAUCAGCUGGCGCGCAUCGUGCACACGCUGCGGACCAACCCGUACGACCGCCGGCUGAUCCUCAGCGCCUGGAACCCGACCGACUUGCCGCGCAUGGUGCUUCCGCCGUGCCACAUGUUUGCGCAGUUCUACGUCUCCUACCCGGGGUCACGCACAACCAAACCAGCAAUCAGCAACAACAAACCUCAAGGCCACCUCCACUGCCAGCUCUACCAGCGCUCCUGCGACAUGGGCCUGGGCGUGCCCUUCAACAUCGCCAGCUACGCACUACUAACCCACAUGCUGGCGCACGUGUGCGGGCUGGUGCCGGGGAGCCUGACACAUGUCAUGGGCGACGCGCACGUGUACCUGAACCACGUCGAGGCGCUGCGGACGCAGCUCGAGCGGGAGCCGCGCGACUUCCCCGAACUCGAGCUCGCGCGGCCUGCCCCGCCCGGGGAGGAUACCAUUGACGGGUGGAAGCCGGAAGAGUUUAUAAUCAAGGGAUAUAAUCCGCAUAAGGGGAUUGUUAUGGAGAUGUCGGUAUGAUGAAGGGGGUGGUCGGAGUGUGGGAGGUUCGGCUCUGGAUAGACUAAUUGGAUCAGUUGAGUUUCGGUUUCCAGGUUGGGCGGGAUUUAUCAUUACAUCCUGGAUAUCUAGCUCUUAGAGAGCAGGUAUGAUAGAGAAUUUGUGGUGAGUAACCGAGAUGUAAUAAAGCAACCAGUCGCCUC